GAUGCUAUAUCUGUGAUGAGUUAGCCUAGUGAACUAGACCAAAUUCUUGCUUUGCACAGAAUAAAUAAUACAUUUAUUUAGUCUGGCUUGCCAGACUAGUGAUGAGUGCUAUAUAAACAAAAAAAUUCUUACAUCAUUACUGAAGAUGCAGCUCCAACAAGACAAUUUCUGCAAGAACGAUGCGUAAACAUCUUAUUUUACAACACUAUAUAAACUAUAUAAUAGCACAAUGUUGCCUUCAUCAUUCUGGCUAACCGCUCAUUAGUCCUUUAGGUGUGUAAUUUUCGUGUAACUACGUGAUUAUAUCUUACAACGGCUUGCCUUCGCACCGAAUUACUGCAGUCCGCUGUGAACGUAACGGACCGCGGUGACGUCACGAUCCGCUGCUUUUUGCUCCGUGGGCCUCGCUGUGAUCGAGAGCGGACACAUUUUACUCCACAAAGAAAAGAAAAUCCCCCGAAAGCUUCCUCCCAGCAUCACCUCGCUGCCGUGGGACACAGACGAAGCCAGCAUGGGCAACUGUCAGCCAACAGUUUUUCCUUAUGAGGACUUUGACGUGGUUGCAGACAUCAAGGCCAUCCGUAAAGCCUGCAAAGGGUUCGGAACUGAUGAGAAGGCCAUUAUUGACAUCCUGGCCAACCGCAGCACCGCCCAGCGUCAGGAAAUCAAACAGGCUUAUUUUGAGAAGUACGACGACGAGCUGGUGGAUAAGUUGAAGAGUGAACUUUCAGGGAAUUUCGAGAAGGCCAUUCUCGCCUUGCUCGACCCACCGGUCAUCUACGCUGUGAAGGAGCUCAGGAAGGCCAUGAAAGGACCGGGUACAGAUGAGGACGUCCUGGUGGAAAUCCUCUGCACCGCCACCAAUGCUGACAUUGCCAUGUUCAAGGAGUGCUACUUUCAGGUGCACGAACGUGAUCUGGAGGCAGAUGUAGAGGGAGACACGAGUGGGGAGGUUAGAAACCUUCUCACAGCUCUUCUGCAGGGAACCAGAGAUGAAAGUUACGAGGUGGACGAGGAUCUGGCUGAAUCAGACGCCACCGCCCUGUUUGAGGCUGGUGAGGGUCGCUUUGGGACUGAUGAGUCUACUUUCAGUUACAUCUUGGCCUCCAGAAAUCACCUGCAGCUCCAGGCCAUGUUCAAGAUAUACGAGCAGCUCUCUGGAACUGAAAUCCUGGACGCUAUUGAGAGCGAGACCUCCGGAACACUAAAAAAGUGCUACGUUGCUCUUGUGAGAAUUGCUAAAAACCCCCAGCUUUACUUCGCCCGUCGUCUCCAUGAUGCGAUGGCAGGAGCAGGAACUGACGAGGACACGCUCAUCCGGAUCAUCACGUGUCGCUGUGAGUUUGAUUUGGAGACCAUCAAAGACUUGUACCUGGAGAAGUACGACGUGUCUCUGAAGGACGCCAUCAGAGAUGAGUGCAGCGGGGACUUCAAGCGCCUCCUGCUGGCUCUCUGCCACUAGAAGCUGCAGCAGUUCUGCGUCUAACAAACUAACUCAGUCCUUGUAAGGCAUUACGUAGGAGCAGGAGGGUGCUGAAGUGCAGGAGCUAUUAACUUCUCAUAAAGGGCCCAUCGGUGUGUCAUACUGUCUACAACAGUCAUAUUUUAGCAACAGUUCUCACAGAUAAAACAGCUUUCUACAUGUAAACAAUGCCUUAGCCCCCACUGUAAAAGGCCUUUACUGUUGGAAUGAAUUUAUUCAGCCUUUUCCUCCUCUGUGCCCUUAAAAGUGAAGAAACAACGCUCAUCUGGGUCGUGGUGCUGGAUAAAAGAUUGCAUAAAGAGGAACUAAAUCCGCACACUUCAAUCCGCAAUAAUAUAAUAUUUCUUUUUCUCAAGCUUUCGAUCAAAAGACCUUCAUCAGGAAUUGUGCAUGCUCGUGCAGAGAGUUCCUAGUCAAGGAGAACAGCUGCUGUAAAACACCUGUGCUAAUUCCACACAGCAAAGCAUUAUGGGGGAUGGAGUCCCAUUUACAAAACAUAGUGCGCUGGCACAAGAAGCUCACAGAAUGGCCGUGUUUGAGAGGAGCCAGUUCUGCGCAGAUUAGACCAGCGGUGAUCGGCACGCGGUGCAUACCGGUUAGAUUCGUGUCCGACUUGAUGCCGACUUGCUCUGACGUCAUGCAUACGUAGGCAACGAUAACCUCGUGAGAUCAUGGCGGCUGCAGAUUUUGGAGCAAGUCGCUGCAGUUGCUCUCCACCGGCUGCAAAACCUAGAGCAUGACGGGAAACGCCUGGCUCUCACCUAUCUAAUGGGCCAUUCCCAUCUGUACCGGGUCGGCCCGGGCCGGGUAGCGUAGGUUGUUUACAUAUCUGGGUGGGCUGGUAUUUUUCCGGGCCAACCAAGGCUCAUUCUCAGCCCUCUUCUCGAGGGGGUCUGCUUCAGGCCGACCAGGGCCAACACACCCACUGCUGACAGCAAAUUCACACCUUCCAUUAGAGCAAGCCUCUGAUUGGUGGGUAGAAUCAGCCCACAUGGGCUUAAGGCAAGGUUGUGUGGAAUCAACCGGGCCAGGCUGGGGCCGACUGGGGCUACCCGGCCCGGGCCGACCCGGUACAGAUGGGAAUGGCCCAUAAGAUCUGAUUGGGUCACAUUCUGAUCCAAACAUCCGGUGGUAGAACAUGAAAUGUUAGUUGGUCACAUGUAUUCUGUAAAUCAUGUAACGUUGAUGAUGACAACUAUAUAGGCCAUAAAGAGGAAUGUGAUUUGUGUUCUUUUGUCACGUUUCCUAUGAACACACUAAACCUACAGCUGAUAACCUUUACUUAUUAUUACAGUCAUGUCUUCAUAUACAAUAUAUGAUAUCCACAAGCACGUGAGGAUGUGUUUCGGCUGCUAACAGGCACCAGAAUUAAAAUAAAACAUUAAACAAGUAUGAACUCUAACGCGAUAUCUUCAUCCGUCGUCACCCGCGAGCUACGCAUGUAGGGAAAUCUGUUCGACUCAAACGCCGGCUUUCAGCCACUCCCCCUGCUGCGUCCGUCUGCUCUCGUCUGUUUUCCAGGCGAGGCGCCGCUCUACUCGAACAGGCCAAUCUUAUAAAAACACUUCAAAAUCAUCUACCGAAGGAAGAGAUGAACACAUUGCAGGCAUCAAGCUAAAAACGCCGUCAUGGAGCAAGGCAAUAAUAUAUAUAACAAAUAACCCAACCAUAUAUCUUUAGAGAAAUAAAGACAUUUCAAGAUCCUAAUUAAGACCAAAUGGUUAAAGUGUAUUUAAGGUGUAGAUCCAGAAUAGUUCGUUUUGACAAAGUUUUUUUUUAUCUGUGUUGCCUCCUCUACUAAUCUGGAUCGACACUUUAACCAUUUGGUCUUAAUGAGGAUUUUGAAAUGUCUGUAUUUCUCUAAAUAUAUAUGGUUGGGUUAUUUGUAGGGAUGUGAAUCUCAGAGCAACUCACGAUUUGAUUCGAUUCCGAUUCUUGGGGUGCCGAUUCGAUUCAGAAUCGAUUCUCGAUUCUCAAUUUAAAUCGAUUCACAAUCAGUAUUAACAAAGAGCAUCAGCUCCAGGAUGAACUACUUUGUUGUACAAGUUAGUUAAAGCUAUGGGACAUUUUUAUUUGAUGUUAAACUGG